UUGUGUGUGCGUGUGCGUGUGCGUGCAUGGGGACUGGCAACCGCCUCUGCUCCAGCCCCGCGCCAGCGAUGCCGCCGAGGCGCAGCCGAGUGUGGCGUUCUCCCGCCGGGGCCAGGCGCCGGAGUCCUCUCCGCUGCUGCCCGUCCUAGUCCGGAGGCGGAGCGGGAGGCCAGGGGAAGCCGCGGAGCGUCGAGCGGAGCGGAGAGGCGAGGAGGGCGCUUGGAUGCGUGUUUGGCAACAGCGGCGGCGACGACAACAACCGCCGGAGGGGGGAGGGGGGGAUCCGCGCCGAAGAAACUUAUGGAAGAAUGAAGGAGAUGGUGGGCGGCUGCUGCGUUUGUUCCGACGAGCGGGGCUGGACCGAGAACCCCCUGGUGUAUUGCGACGGGCAUGGCUGUAACGUGGCGGUGCAUCAAGCAUGCUAUGGAAUUGUCCAGGUUCCAACUGGGCCAUGGUUCUGUCGAAAAUGUGAAUCUCAAGAAAGGGCCGCCAGGGUGAGGUGUGAGCUGUGUCCCCAUAAAGAUGGAGCACUGAAGCGGACUGAUAAUGGAGGCUGGGCCCAUGUUGUCUGCGCUCUCUACAUCCCCGAGGUGCAGUUCGCUAAUGUCCUCACCAUGGAGCCGAUUGUCCUUCAGUAUGUGCCCCACGACCGGUUCAAUAAGAUAUGUUACAUCUGCGAAGAGCAGGGUAGGGAGAGCAAAGCAGCCUCUGGAGCCUGCAUGACUUGCAACCGACAUGGCUGUCGCCAAGCCUUCCACGUCACCUGUGCUCAGAUGGCUGGGCUUUUGUGCGAAGAAGAAGUCUUAGAAGUGGACAAUGUGAAAUACUGCGGCUAUUGCAAGUACCACUUCAAUAAAAUUACAUCGCGCCAUUCUGGAAGUGGUGCGUUCAUUGCAGGAAGGAGAAGCCGGUCAACGUCACCUGCCCAAGAGAAGCACGUGUCUCACCAUGAGAAACCAAAGAAGAGCCGGAAGGACAAGGAGAGACCUAAACAGAAGCACAAGAAGCGUUCGGAAUCACCCACCAGUCUGACACUGUCCUCUGCACCCAUUACCACAGAAAAGAGCUCCACCAACCACCACGAAAGCAGUAAAGAGACCUCUGAGGUUAUCAGGUCAGAAGUGAAAGGCAAAAAAUCUUCGAGCCAUGGCACCAGCCACAAGGCCAAGAAGUCGGGAAGUGGGAAAAGCUCUACUGGUUUCGGCUCAUCCUCUUCCAGUGGCACGUUCCCACCAGCAGGUACUUCAUGCAGCUCCUUGCCCUUCUCCCAAGACUUCGUGACCUUCCCCAAGCUUGAGCAGCAGCAGCAGCCACCGCUGGCUGAGGAAGAGAAAUACCGGAAGCCUGCCUCCUCCUCCUCCUCCUCCUCCGCCCAUUGCUCCCCAUUGUAUGAAGGGCAGAAAGGCGACGUCUUUGAGCAGAAAGUGAUCUUCUCAGGCUUUGGCUCCAUCAUGCGCUUCUCCACGACGGCCGUCAGCCAGCAGAGGGGCCGUGAUGCUUCUCCUGUGGACUACAAAACCUCAAACGCCAUUGUCAGCCCCUCCGGGGGCGGCAGUGGGGGCGGCAACCACAAGCGGAUGCCACCCCUCAAUGUAGAAGAAGGCGAAGUCUUGAAGGAAAAAAAGCACAAGGCCAGUAAGAAAAGCAAGCACGGCCCAGGGAGGCCCAAGGGCAGCAAGAACAAGGAAGGCCCAGGUGCCCAGCUAGCAGGGUCCACGGUGACCUCUUCGUCUCCCUUCUCCGGAGGGUCCCUGGUCAGUUCUAGUAUCGGUGGGUCCUCGCGGUCCUUCAGCCAGGCAGCGACCCUUCCAAGCCUCAGUCUGGAAUCCUCUCUUCUGGGAUCGGGGAUCUACACAAGCAACAAGGACCCUAUUUCGCAUGGGGGCGGGGUGCUCCGGACUGUGUGCAGCACCCCCCUCUCCUCCAACCUUCUGGCUCAUCAAGGCACUUCGUCCCUCCCCCAGCUCACCCGUUCACCCUUCGCCAGCACCAUCCCAGCAGCUUCCUCAGCUUCCUCCGUCUCCACUACCCAGGUGUUCUCGCUGGCAGGAUCUACAUUCAGCCUCCCCUCCUCACACAUAUUCGGAAGCCCCCUCACCUCUGGGCUAUCCAUCAACCCCUUGCUGAACCAGUCAGAAAACAACCGGACAGAACCAGAUAUAGAAGACUGCAAUUUUGCCUGCCGAGGGUCGUCACCCCAAGAAAGUCUUUCUUCCAUGUCCCCCAUCAGCAGCCUCCCCACCCUCUUUGAUCAGACCAUGUCAACCAGCAGUGGGCCUCUGGAGAAUGUCCCCCAGGCCACACCAAACAUUGAGCAGCUCCUGGAGAAACAAGGCAACGGGGAGGCCGGAGUCAACAUUGUAGAAAUGCUCAAGGCGCUCCAUUCGCUGCAGAAAGAGAACCAGCGCCUCCAGGAGCAGAUCAUGACUCUGGCGGCGAAAAAGGAGCGGCUGCAGCUCCUCAACGUCCAGCUCUCUGUCCCCUUCCCCGUGGUGACCACCAGCAACGGCCCCACAGGCCAGGCCCAGUACAUCCUAGCCCCUAACGUGUGCAACAAUGACUCUUUGAGCAUCAGCAAGAGCCCUCCCUGCAAGAACAGCUUUGGCAUCGAGAACUCACUCUCCACGUCCUCUGAGGAUCCACAUUCAGGCUGUCCAAGCAGAAGCAGCUCCUCCCUCUCCUUUCACAGCACCCCGCCUCCCCUGCCCUUGCUACAACAGAGCCCCGCCUCCCUCUCACUGACCCCUGGGGUGCAGCAGCAGCCACCAGUGAACGGUUUGGCCAGGGCAGUGGGGACCGCCCACGGAGGACCCCCAGCCAAUCACAGCCUGGUGGAAGGUCUCCUUGGGAAUCUGGCUGGAGGGCAACAGGUCUCCGUCAACGGUAUUCUUGGGGGCCUGAACGGGACGAUGGCAGCCCAGGCGCAGAAUGCCCUCUUGGCACAGACCAGCGGUCCCCAAAACCUGCAGCUCUCCACCAACCAAAACAGCAUCAGCCACUUGACAGAGCAUCAGCGGCAGCUCCUCAGCCAGCAUGAGCUCCAGCUCCAGCAGCUGCAGCAGCUCCUCACAUCGCAGCCCCUCAACCCGGAGCAGCAAGCCUUGGUAUUCCAGAUGAUGCAGCAAAUCCAGCAGAAAAGAGAGCUGCAGCGGCUCCAGAUGACAGGCUCCUCUCAGCUGCCCAUGGCCAGCCUCUUGCCGGCUACCUCUGCAUCCCUUCUCCACUCGAACAGCACUGCUCCAUCAGCUGCCAGCAGUACCCUCCUGGCCUCUAUCUCCCCUCAACAGCUCAAUCCGGCCAAUUCCUUGAUGGCUUCCCCACCGCUCAGCACUCCUGGCAACAGUCUGAUGUCUGUUGCCGCAGGGGCAAACAUCCCGCCUGUCCUUUCCGUACAAACCAACCCUUUCCUCAACCUGCAGGUUGAAAGCGGCAAUCAGAAGGGACUGAGCAUGAAUGAAAAGGGAGGUGCCCCAGUUCAGGACAAAGGCUAACUUUGGGCGAUCCCAGGGCUUCUUUCUGCCAUAGGAAAACAAUCUGUUCUUGAACCAUGGAUCGUGAAGCAUAGAGUGGCCACACGCAAGUCUUCUGAGCAAGUCUUCGUGCAGUGGUGUGGUGAUGCCAAGCUAAGGGUCUGUUCGGCAUCUGUGUUCCCUGGUUCUGAAUCUGUUGUUCCAGCCCCUCCCCAAGAAGGCAGGUGAAGGAAACGUCAUUUCUCCCUUUGCUGGCUUUCUCCAGUACGUGCUGCACUUAUUUCAAAGGAAGUUGCACUUCAGGGGAAAGAGGAUGAAGGAGCCUGUUCAUCCUCAGAUACCUGCGGGUCACCCGUCAAGAGGAAGGUCUGCUAUCCGGACUAUGGCCUCAUUACCCUGGUGGUGAUGUUAUCUUUGCAAAGCAGGGCAUUUCUAACCCAAGGCUAGGAAAUCCAGCAAGCUGUUCAGAAGUGCAAAGGACCAGCCUUGGCAAAGUGGAAUGGGGUGGAGCUCCUGAGGUCUCAGUUACAUGAGGCAAGACUAGGAAUGAAGUUGCUGGAGCCCCACAAGAAUCCUGCAUCAAGACUUUCACUUUUCCGUGGUCUUUGGCGUGAACUUGGAUAUGACUUCAGUGAUUUUUAUUGGGGCAAGGUUCUGUUUGGGGUGGUGCGGGGGAAGCCAAUGUCAGUGUGGCUAAGAACAGUUACUUUGGUUCUCCCAAAUUUCCUUUAAUACCUGCAACGUUCUCAUUCAGAAUUAACUCAAAGGAAAUCCUCCUUAGCUUCCAUUUUGAUUAGGACUUCACCACUUCCUUCAGGCACCUUGGUAAGCAGCCUAUGGUUUGAAAAGGCUAAUACCGAUAGUUAUCUGUGCUCACCUUCAAGAUAUUUUCCAGCAGCUCAAAAGAUUGUUUCCUUCUUCACUGGAUCAGCUGCUGAAAAACCAACACCAAAGAAGCAGGAUGGAGACUUUGUCUAAAGGCUGGAGCUGUUCCUUCCAUCUCCAAAGCAGCUCCAUUCUAGUGAAGAACAUCCUCCUGUACUGAUGGUGCUAGACUCAAUCAGGUCCUAGCUGAUGAGAACAUUGGUCUUCCCAUCAUAACAAAUGCUGCCUGGCCUAUCUCUGUUUCGUAACCAGAUGUCUCAGAAAAAGCACCACCUCCAUUCAGCAGUUUCUUGAAGGAUGGGAUGAAAGGAAAUGGAGAUCAAGAUCAUCUGUGUGGAGGGAACCCCGCCUUUGCUAGAUAUAUCCAGAUCUCUUAAACGUAUAGCCUCCAGGUCAUCAGAUGCCUGGAGUCUUAGAAAUCUUUCAUGCCUCGAUAGAUAUACAUACAGUUGAUAGGCGCAUCCACACCACCGCUUCCAAUUUGCACUAUUCCAAUACUUUGGUGGUGAGUGUGUGCCAAUGCCCCAAGAAUGACCACUGCUCUUCAGGUUCACCUGUUUUGGUGUGUUUGGUUUUUGAUUUUCCUUCUUCUUUCUUUUUCUCUUUUUUGAAAAACAAAAGAAAAAAUUCCUGCCAUUGUAUGGUUGAGUUGGACUUUAAAAAAAGGAGGAGGAAGAAAAGAGAAAACGGUUCAGCUUUUCAAGAUUUCAUUAUCUUCUAAUUUGUUUGGAUUCUUUUUUUGUCUUGACAAAUGUGCUGGACUCCAGAUUGUUGGCGUGUGUAGUUUAGUUUAUUUUUUUUAAUGAAAUUGUUUAACGAGAAGCUACUGGAAACUGACGAGAGCAGCCGCUGUUCCAAAUGGACUUCAACAAGCACUCCCUUCUUUGCAGUCAAGGCAGCUUCGGCACAGAUUAAGGAGCAGCUAGAAAAUGGAAUGAGCCUGACAUUCAUAAAUCUUGUUGUUGUUGUUGUUUUUAAACCCACCCACCCCCAGUAUCCAUCGGCAUGAUGCACUUAUUGUUCAGGUAGCAAAUAUCACCUUUUGAAAUGCAUCCAAACCAGCACUUCUGCCACAUUCCAUUUCAAAUUUGUCCUUUACUAUCUUGAUGGUACUAAUUCUGUUGGCCUCCAUCCUGCUGUUGACGUGUGCAGCUAGAUUGCUGGUUUUU